AUGCCCAAGCCACUGACAGACCAGGAUAAGAGGAAGCAGAUAUCGGUGCGAGGGCUUGCAGGAGUGGAAAAUGUUUCAGACCUUAAGACCAAUUUUAAUCGCCAUCUCCACUUUACGCUGGUAAAGGACCGAAAUGUGGCGACCAAAAGGGACUACUACUUCGCCUUGGCCAACACUGUCCGCGACCAUCUGGUGGGCAGAUGGAUCAGGACGCAGCAGCACUACUAUGAGAAAGACCCCAAAGUAAGCAAGCAGCAGGGUUGCCGCAGUGACACAGUGAUCCCAUCCCCUCGCACGAUACUCGGCACGUACGCCUCUGUCAGACUCCGGAGAAAGUGGGAGGGAUGGCUUCCCAGGGAAAUAUCACUGCGCAGUACGUGCAAUAAUGCUGAAGUCUAGACUAGGGAUGCGCUGCAGACGCUAUAGUUACAGAAAUGUUAUGUUUAUAACAUGUAUUUAAAUUAAUUGAGGGGACAGUAGCCUACCUAUUUAAUCCUCAAUGUGAUUAUGCGGUGAACAUGGGAAUGCCGAAUUCCACAUUGAGCGCUCCAAAGCCCCUUACGAGUUAUAUAACCAUGUUGUGCAUCUCUGGAUGAGAACAUAUGGAUUCAGUAAACGUUUGACUCUCUCUAUUCUAACAGUGAAUGCAUCUGAUGAUGCAUGGAUAGCUGAAAUGGAAAUGGAAAUAUUUUCAAGCUAGUGCUUGACACUUGUAGAAUGAAACUAAUGCAGCGCACCGUUCAACGGGAGUCAGGAAACUGGUUGUUAAAUAUGUAUUACGUAAUAGGAUAGCCUAGAAGUUGCUGUAACCCAAACCAAUAUGUUUACAUAGUAGCCAAAAUACAUAUGUGUUAAAUUCUUUUGGAGAUGGAUUUUAGCUGUUAUAAUUAUAUAUAUAUAUUUGUCUUUUGCAUUUUUAGUCAUUUAGCAGACGCUCUUAUCCAGAGCGACUUACAGUCAGUGCAUCUUUUUUCUUUCAUACUGGUCCCCCGCGGGAAUCGAACCCCCAACCCUGUCGUUGCAAGCGCCAUGCUCUACCAACUGAGCUACUCGGGGCCCGUAUUAACAUUCUCUAUUUCAUACAUAUCACUGGCACCAGUACAUGAAGCAAUAACAUGUCUUAUUAUGUAAUUUCCAAGGGAUACAGAAACAAAGAUUUAUCAAUGAAUUGAACCAGAAUGCACCAGAGCCAAUAACGCUGAUAUAACAUUGUGUACUAGGCUACUGCACUGUGCAGCACACAAUCAGCAUCAUACCAGUAUAGCCACAUUCAUUAUUCUGGUUGGUAUGGGAACAAAAUAACUGCAUUUUUUUUGUGCAGAAGAGCAGACAUAUCAUGUUGAUUGUAUGAUAUGGUAACUUAGAACAUAAAUGUAAAUGAAAAGGCCUGCAGUGGCAUUAGACUCCUGGCCCUGAGCUAUAGGCCUUGGAUGACAUUCAUUUUUAUUAGUGUCCGGAGGUCAACCUUUAUAAAGCCAAAGUCCCUAAGAUCAUAUUUGGCCAAUGCCCCCUAACAAAUAUAUUAUAAUUUGUUUACACUAAUCCUUAACUAGUGAUCGAGCUCGGGUUCAACUACAUUUUUAGCAUUUGUACAUUUCACAUAACAAUAUGGCUAUGCAAGCUUCACCAGCAGAAGAACAAUCCACGCUCCCAAAAGUCUUCAAAUUUACAACCCACAGUAAUAAUAUGCGUCCUGUUGUUUUGUGUGUUUAUGUAACCCCAUCUGCACCAAUCUGUUUAGUCGCUCUAACCUUUUGGAGCUGAUCACCAAUGCUGCUAUAUUUAUAUCCAGGGACUGGAUGCCUUUGUCACCUAAUCUUAGUCACACUUAAUGGGACAGUGGUGCACUCUGUUUUCCAUGCCCUCAUUUGCAUUCCCCCGAUUGUCGAAGAACAACAUUUGAAAUGUCAAAGGUCAAUCAAAGGUUCAGGUGAAAACCCCUCCCCAUUUAGGAACACGCCAUCCUGCUCAACGAUAUUAUAGAAAUAGUCAAGCAGAGAGUCCUUUCAUUUUGUAGCUUCAGUGUGAGUAACAUACCACAUACAUUAAUUGUAACCUGAACGAUAACAUGAUGUACAAUGUACAUUUCCUCUGUAUGACGUUGUAGUGGGUGGAGACAGGCUGCAGAGUAAUCUGAUACGGACAUAAGUAAAGUGUUGAUUAAUCCGUUAGAGAUUCAGGCCAGGAACAUAAUGCUGCCACUGUUUUCAGCACUCUUUAAAUAGGUUAUUAUGGGUGAACCAAGCGUGCCUUAAAGAAACUAAACUUAGACUUCUGUUGAAGCUGUUGAUAUACACUGGCACAGAGUUUCAAGUGAGUCCAACGCACUCACAAAGAGCUGUUGCUUGACUGGUUGCCAACAAUAGCACUCCUGUGGUUGGCAGCACCUGCUCUCUCCCCUUUGCCACAGCCGCUGCCUCUCCAAUAGAAUAAGAAAAGCAUAGAUAACGUGGCAUUUCUCAGGGCAACCACUACUGUUGGGUGGCUGAUGGUGUGUUGAAUAUAGACAAUAUACUGUACUGUACUGCAUUAACUCUUCUUGAUGAGCCUUCCCCUGUUGUUCCUCUGUAGCGUGUGUAUUACCUGUCCCUGGAGUUCUACAUGGGGCGCACCCUGCAGAAUACCAUGGUGAACCUGGCUCUGGAGAAUGCAUGCGACGAGGCUACCUAUCAGGUGAGAGAUGGAUAGGGCUUAGGCCACUUCUGGACCAUGACAGUGCCCCAUCAUAGUUACCUCAACCUGGUACAUUGUGUCUGACAUACACUGCAGAGGGUAUGGAACUGGCACAUUGAACAUUUAUGCCACUGAAAAUGUGUGCUUUUUCUCACGCUUCAUGCAAGAUUCAAGGAUACUUUCUUAUUUAAGAAUUUCAAGUACAUUGCCCUGCUCUGAGAUUGAAGCAAAUGUAUUCAGAAGCAAAAGCUUUUCCUAAUAGACUAAUGCGGCUCCCUCCUCCCUCCAUUUUAUUUUGUAUAAUGGACUAAUAAAGUACUAUAAAUCUUAACAAUUUAUCUUCAUCUUCAUCAGUUGGGCCUGGACAUGGAGGAGCUGCAGGACAUUGAAGAAGAUGCCGGCCUGGGAAAUGGUGGCCUUGGACGGCUCGCCGGUGAGUUCCUCCUCCUCCUCCUCCUCCUCCUUGGCUCUCUAUUGGUCUACCUCGCUGCCCCCCCCCCCCCCCCCCCCCCACCCCUAAAAAUAGUGUGGCCAACGACAGUGAUGCUCAGUGGACAGGACAACCCUGUUUCACCCCAUCUCUCCGUCACAUCCCCCUGUGCUCUCAGCCUGCUUCCUAGAUUCCAUGGCGUCUCUGGGACUGGCAGCUUACGGCUAUGGCAUCCGCUAUGAGUUUGGCAUCUUCAACCAGAAAAUUGUCAAUGGCUGGCAGGUAGUUUGACUCGCAAAGUUUACUAUAUGUAUGUACAUGUCUGUGAUUGCAUGUUAGUCAGUGAAUAUAGUCAUUUUCGGUGCUUGUUGGAGUCAUGUGCUUUAGAUGGUCAAAUUAUUUUAUGAAUCAUUUCUCACAUUUGCACAUAUUUGUAAUCGAGUCAUAGUAAACUCAUGAUGCUGUAUAAUCAUGAUAAUCAACUCAUUGUACAUCGUAUUGAUUUACAUCUCUCCACAGGUAGAGGAGGCUGACGAUUGGCUGCGCUACGGCAACCCCUGGGAGAAGGCCCGACCUGAGUACAUGCGACCCGUCCACUUCUACGGCAGAGUGGAGCACACCCCCGAGGGUGUGAAAUGGGUCGAUACACAGGUGAGAGACUACAUAAAGACGAUACAACAUAGAAAUAAUAAUAAUUGUGGACAUAACUAAACAUUACUUGGCCCUUCUACAUUAACAGGUAGUGUUGGCCCUUCCUUAUGACACCCCAGUCCCUGGUUACAGGAACAAUGUUGUGAACACCAUGAGACUGUGGUCCGCCAAGGCCCCCUGUGAUUUCAACCUGAAAGACUGUGAGUUACUUCUGGACUGUCUGUGUCUGGUUUAUUGUUUAAACCUACUGAUUAAAUUAUGUAUUCAUGAAAAUGUUUACAACCUUUAUAAUAUUAUUAACAGUAAUCUAAUUUCAACAAUCACUUUAAUUAUCCGUAAUCUAAUUCAACAAUCAUGAUGUUGAUUGUCAUGAUGGGAGCUGGAUGAAAAAAAUAAAAAAAUGUAUGCACUCACUAACUCUGGAUAAGAGCAUCUGCUAAAUGACUAAAAUGUUAAAUGUAAAAUGUACUAAGCAAGGCAUUUGAAAUGCUAGAUGUGACCAGAGCAUGUUUGUUUGUUCUACAGUCAAUGUGGGUGGCUACAUUCAGGCUGUGCUGGACAGAAACUUGGCUGAGAACAUCUCCCGUGUUCUGUACCCCAAUGACAACGUGAGUAGAACCCAGUGUUGAUUUAACUUUUAUUUAACCAGACGAGUUAUAAGAACAGAUUCUUAUCUACAAUGACGAUUCAUUGUAACUAAUCAAUUCGUUUUCCUAAUGCUGUCAAAACAUUUUAUCCAUUCAAAGUAUUAUGUCUACUGCUUGCUAUAGAGACAGGUUCCUGUAAGAAUGCAUUUAAGCUGAGUCAUCAAAGCACUUCUCUGAGAACAUCAUAAUAAACAAGCGUGAUGGACUGUGCUCCUGUGUUUGACCCCAGUUCUUCGAGGGGAAGGAGCUUCGUCUGAAGCAGGAGUACUUUGUGGUGGCAGCCACUCUGCAGGACAUCGUCCGUCGCUUCAAGUCCUCCAAGUUCGGCUCCACUGAGGUUGUGCGCGUUGACCUUUCCACCCUACCUGACAAGGUAAGAUAGAUAGGAUAGAUACCGUUAGCGUCCUGGAACUGGACAAUAUGAAUCAAAGUACCAUCUACUCUCCAAAUGUCUUUGUUCAUUGAGCACACUGCGGUACUAUGUCAAAGACACAAUGUGCUUCUACAUCUGCAUUGCUUGCUGUUUGGGGUUUUAGGCUGGGUUUCUGUAUAAGCACUUUGUGACAUCGGCUGAUGUAAAAAGGGCUUUAUAAAAACAUUUGAUUGAUUCAUUGAAUGUGAGACUAUGCGAUCACAUGCAACAGUUUCCUCCCCUAACUGUGUCUUCCUAAUGUAUUGUCUGAUGUCCUCUCUCCUGCCUGUAUUGUAGGUGGCCAUCCAGCUGAACGACACCCACCCUGCCAUGGCCAUCCCUGAGCUGAUGAGGAUCUUGUUGGACACGGAGCACCAGACAUGGGAGAAGGUAUAGUGCUGGUCCCCCUGCUAAAGCAAUGAUACAUACAAGUGUAAAGAAUACUUACCACAAAUGGGGGAAUGCUCCUAAAUGGAUUCACCAAACAUUAACCAAAACAAUUUCCUUCUACAUUUAUCUUUGUAUUUCCCCCAUCUCUCAGGCCUGGGACAUCUGUACACGUACCUGUGCCUACACCAACCACACCGUCCUGCCUGAGGCCCUGGAGCGCUGGCCCACCGACCUGCUCCAUAACCUUCUGCCCAGACACCUGGAGAUCAUCUACGAGAUCAACCGACGUCACCUGGAGGUAUAGUCAAACACUCCUGUAGCAUACAGUAUUAUAGCCAUACGAGUGUACGUAUACAGUGCAUUCGGAAAGUAUUCAGACCCCUUCACUUUUUCCACAUUUUGUGAUGUUACAGCCUUAUUCUAAAAUGGAUUCAAUAGUUAUUUCCCCUCAUCAAUCUACACACACUACCCCAUAAUGACAAAGCAAAAAUAGGUUUUUAGAAAUGUUGGCAAAUGUAUUAAAAAACCCCCGGAAAUAUCACAUUUACAUAAGUAUUCAGACCCUUUACUCAGUACUUUGUUGAAGCACCUUUGGCAGCAAUCACAGCCUCGAGUUUUCUUGGGUAUGACGCUACAAGCUUGGCACAUCUGUAUUUGGGGAGUUUCUCCCAUUCUUCUCUGCAGAUCCUCUCAAGCUCUGUCAGGUUGGAUGGGGAGCGUCACUGCACAGCUAUUUUCAGGUCUCCAGAGAUGUUAGAUCGGGUUCAAGUCCGGGCUCUGGCUGGGCCACUCAAGGACAUUCAGAGACUUGUCCCGAAGCCACUCUUGCAUUGUCUUGGCUGUGUGCUUUGUUUCGUUGUCCUGUUGAAAGGUGAACCUUCGCCCCAGUCUGAAGUCCUGAGCGCUCUGGAGCAGGUUUUCAUCAAGGAUCUCUCGGUACUUUGCUCCGUUCAUCUUUCCCUCGAUCCUGACUAGUCUCCCAGUCCCUGCCGCUGAAAAACAUCCCCACAGCAUGAUGCUGCCACCACGCUUCACCGUAGGGAUUGUGCCAGGUUUCCUCCAGACGUGACGCUUGGCAUUCAGGCCAAAGAGUUCAAUCUUGGUUUCAUCAGACCAGAGACUCUUGUUUCUCAUGGUCUGAUAGUCCUUUAGGUGCCUUUUGGCAAACUCCAAGCAGGCUGUCAUGUGCCUUUUACUGAGGAGUGGCUUGCGUCUGGCCACUCUACCAUAAAGGCCUGAUUGGUGGAGUGCUGCAGAGAUGGUUGUCCUUCUGGAAGGUUCUCCCAUAUACACAGAGGUACUCUGGAGCUCUGUCAGGGUGACCAUCGGGUUCUUGGUCACCUCCCUGACCAAGGCCCUUCUCCCCCGAUUGCUCAGUUUGGCCGUGCGGCCAGCUCUAGGAAGAGUGUUGGUGGUUUCAAACUUCUUCCAUUUAAGAAUGAUGGAGGCCACUGUGUUCUUGGGGACCUUCAAUGCUGCAGAAAUGUUUUGGUACCCUUCCCCAUAUCUGUUCCUCGACACAAUCCUGUCUCGGAGCUCAAUGGACAAUUCCUUCAACCUCAUGGCUUGGUUUUUGCUCUGACAUGCACUUUCAACUGUGGGACUUUAUAUAGACAGGUGUGUGCCUUUCCAAAUCAUGUCCAAUCAAUUGAAUUUAACACAGGUGGACUCCAAUCAAGUUGUAGAAACAUCUCAAGGAUGAUCAAUAGAAACAGGAUGCACCUGAGCUGAAUUUCGAGUCUCAUAUAAAAGGGUCUGAAUACUUAUGUAAAUAAGGUAUUUCUGUUUUUUAUUUGUAAUACAUUUGCAAAACUUUCCAAAAAAAACGGUUUUUGCUUUGUCAUUAUGAGGUUUUGUGUGUAGAUUGAUGAGGGGAAAAAAACAAUUUAAUCGUAACAAAAUGUGGAAAAAGUGAAGGGGUCUGAAUACUUUCCGAAUGCACUGUAUAUGAGAGAAUAUACUGUAAACAUAUAUUCACGUGCCAGAGAGGAUUAAGAGUUAGCUACUGUAAAAAGCAACAACAUAUCCCCCAAUAUUUGCUUCCUCAAUGUGAUGCAAACAAAUGGGUGUGAAUGUUGUCAAGGUCAUUAUUUCCAAUCCUCUUUCUCCUUUUUCUUCCCUCAGCGCAUCGCUAAGCUCUACCCCGGGGACCAUGACCGUCUGCGCCGCAUGUCCCUAGUGGAGGAGGGCGACCAGAAGAAGAUCAAUAUGGCCCACCUGUGCAUCGUGGGCUCCCACGCCGUCAACGGAGUGGCCCGCAUCCACUCGGACAUCCUCAAAGCAACUCUGUACGAAGAAACAUUGUUUUAGUUUGUUUUAUCUCUAGCUAGCUAUGAUGCUAUCUCUAGCUCUAUUGUUCCCUGUUUUUCCACUGGCCCCAAUAUGUUAAAUGGGAUUUGAUCUAUCAAUCGCUCAUUGUGCCCACUAGGUUCAAGGACUUCUACGAGGUGGACCCCCACAAGUUCCAGAACAAGACCAACGGGAUCACGCCCCGACGCUGGCUGGUCAUGUGCAACCCUGGGCUGGCUGAAGUCAUUGCAGAGGUAUGUGGUGGAGUGUAGCCGAAAUCACAACCAAAGUGGAGUGACAGUUGGUGCAAGUGUCGCAGUAGUGUCUGAGAAAUUAUUAUUCUAAAAAUGGUUAUUUCUGUAUGUUUGAAUGUUCAGAGGAUCGGUGAGGAUUACAUCCGCGAUCUGGACCAACUGAAGAAGUUGCUGACAUUCGUGGAUGACGACUCUUUGAUUCAUGACAUCGCCAAGGUCAAACAGGUCAGAACACAACAGUCUCUUGUAAUAUGUUGUCAUUGUCAUUCGAGUCACCAUCUCAGUCCGAGCCAAGGUCCACGCUAUAACUUCUAACACUUUACUGUGUCUAUCUGUAGGAGAACAAGCUGAAGUUUUCUGCCUAUCUUGAGGAGCACUACAAGGUGAAGAUCAACCCCGACUCCAUGUUCGACGUUCAAGUCAAGAGGAUCCACGAGUACAAGAGGCAGCUGCUCAACUGCCUGCACAUCAUCACUCUCUACAACCGUGAGUGGUCUUUUACAGCUUUAGUGAGAGACAUUAUUCUGUCAACCAAGUUAACCUGUCUUCUUUUUCAAUCAGGCAUCAAGAAGGAGCCCAACAGGAAUUGGACCCCCAGGACUAUCAUGAUUGGAGGAAAGGUGAGCCACAAUAGAAGUUUGAUCAAGUCAUUAGGAUACAGGUUGUACUGCAAAACUCAUUAGAUAUAUUUUGUUUGCCUGUGCCACAUCAGUUUGAGCUGUUUUGCCAACUGCUAUGGAGACAACGACCACAGUUGGCAAGACAGCACAAACAGAUCUGUGCCCUCUGUAUAAGAUUUUGGCAUCCAUGUGAUUCUAUAUUCUAAAAAAUUUCCCAGGCUGCCCCUGGUUACCACACGGCGAAACUGAUCAUUAGGCUGAUCACUGCCAUCGGAGAGAUUGUCAACCAUGACACUGUGGUGGGAGACCGCCUCAAAGUCAUCUUCCUGGAGAACUACAAGGUCACUCUGGCCGAGAAAAGUAAAUCAUUCACAUACUUGUUGCUUUCUUGGUUUUUAUUUAUGUUCCCAUUGGAGUGUAACUAAGGGGCUUCCCACUUCUGCCAUACAUUUUCUCUCUGCCUUGUCUCAUCCUCUGUUUCGGUUUCUCUCCUUCUCCCUCUCUCUCUCUCCAGUCAUCCCUGCGUCCGACCUGUCUGAGCAGAUCUCCACAGCUGGCACUGAGGCCUCUGGCACUGGCAACAUGAAGUUCAUGUUGAACGGAGCGCUCACCAUCGGCACCAUGGACGGAGCCAACGUAGAGAUGGCCGAGGAGGCCGGAGAAGAGAACCUCUUCAUCUUCGGCAUGAGGGUGGACGACGUUGACGCCAUGGACAAGAGUGGGUAAGACAGUGGCUGGGUGAAUGGAUGGAUGUAUGGAUGGAUGAAGGGUUCUGAUCAGAGAUGGUGGAGAAGAAGACAUGAGGAUUGGGAUUGGAUGAUAGCUAAGGAGAGAACAUUUCGGAUGACGUGGAAGGAUGCUUACUGGGUCAACUUUGGUGGAGAAGCCAAGACGAUUUGCAUGGUAAAGGAUAGAACCAAAAGAGACAGCUUUUUGUAUGACUUGGAAUGAAGGAUGAUAACUGGCGUGCAUCCCAUAAUGGAUUUUUAUAAAUGUAUCCUCUUCCCAGAUAUGAUGCCAUGGAGUACUACAACCGCAUUCCUGAGCUGAAGCAGGCCAUGGACCAGAUCGCUGGUGGAUUCUUUAGCCCCGACCAGCACGACCUCUUCAAGGACAUCGUCAACAUGCUGCUGCACCAUGACAGGUGGGGGAAAACGCUGAGUCACCAAUACCCAAAUGCAGACACACUGUACUCUACUGUUAUACACGCAGCCAGACAAUGUCUAACCGAGCAUGAUGUUUGUGUUGCAGAUUCAAGGUGUUCGCUGACUACGAAGCUUACAUCAAAUGCCAGGAGAAAGUCAGUGCUCUCUACAAGGUCAGACAGAAAAGCUUGAAAAUCUAUUGUUUUCUGUCUAUUUUUUCGUUGUAUUUUACCCCCUUUUUCUACCCAAUUUCGAUCUUGUCUCAUCGCUGCAUCUCCGCGCUUCUUAACACCCGCCCGCAUGUGUCAGAGAAAACACUGUUCAACUGACGACUGAGGUCAGACUGCAGGCGCCCGGCCCGCCACAAGGAGUCACUAGAGCGUGAUGAGCCAAGUAAAGCCCCACCGGCCAAACUCUCCCCUAACCCGGACGACCCUGGGCCAAUUGUGUGCCGCCCUAUGGGACUCUCGAUCACGGCCGGUUGUGAUACAGCCCGGGAUCGAACCCGGGUCUGUAGUGACGCCUCUAGCACUGUGAAGCAGUGCCUUAGACCGCUGCGCCACUCAGGAGGCCCUGUUUUCUGUAUCAAGACCUGUUUAAUGCUCUAUAAAUAAAUUGUGACUUGACUAUUCCCCUGCCAAUUGUAAGAGUGUUUCCACAUACAUAACAUAACAGUAUUCCUUCCUUCUGCAAUGGUUUGAAUUCCCCUCUCUUCCCAUCCAUCCCAACAGAACCCUAAAGAAUGGACCAAGAUGGUGAUCCACAACAUCGCCGGUUGUGGUAAAUUCUCUAGUGACCGCACUAUCUCCCAGUACGCCCGGGAGAUCUGGGGCAUGGAGCCCAGCCUGGAAAGGAUCCCUGCCCCAGACGAUCCUCGCCAAUAA